AUGUUCAGUUAUAUUCUUACAGUCCCCGCAGAAUGGCGUUUUUAUCGAAGCGAAUCGUCAUUUUUUCAUCUAAGCUAUGUUAGUAUCGUGACUAUAGUAGUCAGCAAUUACGGGUUCUUCUCCACUACAUUUACCCAACAAACCUGCCAAAAAUACUAUCUUGUUGCGCCUAUCUUCAAAGGUGUGAGGUGUGUCCCAUCGAAUUGUUCAACAUUCAAUAUUGCAAGAAGAGAUAGGCGGAUAGGAAUUGCAUUAUUGCUGCUGUACAUCUUGUCAAUUUCGGCGGAGUGGUUCGUAGAUCUAUUUCACGGGACCCAACCAAAAGCUGCCGUGCUUGAUUUAGGAAAAGUAUUGUCAACCUGGUUCUACUACUUCCCUGUGAUGUUGUAUGACAUCGUGAUGGUGACGGUAUCUACCAUGCAUCUUCUGCGUUAUAAUCCUCUCAGUAGCAGAGUUGAACGGCUGAUACGGGUUGUCGAACGUAUUGAACCUCAUAUUUUAUCAUACGACCAAUAUCGAGACCCAGAAAUGACACAGCCAAAUGCCCAACACAUAGAGAAAGUGAUCGUCGCGCGUCCGAGCACGCUUAAUAUGCAGAAAACCGUGAUGUCCGGUCUCCGCUCACAGUUCGAGUCUAAGAGUUAUUCCCGAGGCUCUAGAAGCUUCAGAAGCCCCAUAAAUACAGAGUUCAGGCCCACAUCGCCUCGUAAUCCCAAUGACAUAGAACUCAAUAUACGUAUACCCGUCGAGCGCCCAGUGGCAGUAGACGAGUCUAGGAAUUCGGGCUCAUGGGGGCCGCCAGUGGGAGAACCGAGGCAGAUACAUAGUCUCACCGAAUCUGCGAACAAAUACGAAUUGUGGUCGGCAGACGUGUAUAUCAAACUUUAUGAAAUUGACAUGCUGCCGCGGUCCGGUCCAGAACCAUGGUUCGAACCGGACUUUUGGUCCGGUUCUCCGCGGUUCGGUCCAUGGUUCUUGCGCCAGCCAGAACCGGACCGGAAAACGGUUCUCGGUUCUAGAUCUUCCCAAACGGUCCAGUUCUGGUUCGGCCUUCCCGAACCAUUCCGAACCCUUAUCGACUUCGACUUCGACAACACCUGCCUCGACGUCAGACUGUCGUCUUCGGGAUUCACAUUGUUGAUUAAUCAAGCUACAUUUAGCCUUUUCGAAGGUAUACCGGAAGUUCUAUUCAUUGAGGAUUGGCUACAACACUGCGCAAGACUACCUUUUACUGGAGGUGGAUAUGUUAGGCGCGGUCAAGGUGGAUUUUGGAGGGAUUGUGUCUUGCGCUAUGCUGCAGAGGGCCAGCACCCAUCGCUACCAGCGCACAACCCAUCACACGCCACGCCACCUGCGCCUAUGGCUAUCGCAAACGAUCCUGAAGUCUUCCCCGAACCACACAGGUUUAAUCCUCAGCGUUGGAUUGACGAUGCAGUAUCGUUCAUCUCUCGACCAUUUCUUGCGCCUUACUUGAAAAUGUCAGAGUGUGUCCUCGCGAAUCGGUCAGUUUUCAUCAAUACGGCUCUCAUCAUGUGGGCUUUCCACUUUUUGGAGAAUCCUGUGGCUGCCAGCAUCACAAUUUUUUCUGAAGCGCCAGCCACGUCAGCAUCUUCAGCAGCUACAGAGGCAGAGGGGUAUGGAGUCGUCAUUAGAUAUUUCAAUGUUUUGUUUUUCGCGCUUGCCACUGAAAAUUUUCGGGUUCAGUCCGAGUUCGGACCAGAAAAAAACCGAACCGGACCACAGAGAACAGUUCUCUGUGGUCUGGUUCGGGGUUCGAAGAUUUUGCAGAACCGGACCAUGGUCCGGUUCUUGGUUCUCAUCCAGGACCCUCUGAACUGGACCGAACCGGACCACGGCAGCACUAAUAACCAUCACAUGGACGUGUAUUCGGUUUACACUAUGCAGCACACAGACCUUAGAGUAUUGCGACUGUUCAUGCAACAUAUCUACGAGAACAGAAGCACCGGAUACAUCAAGUCAUUUAUGUGUAUUUAA